CGCACUGGGAAUCAGAAAGCGCAGAUUCGUUAUUUUGCGAUAAAUGCAAAGCUGUUUUAAUCUCGUUUAACACUCGAUUCUCCGACACUUCUUCAAGAAGAACCUCUCUCAGUCUCAAACACGAGAAGAGAGAGAUAUGAAGGAAUUCGAGAGCACGGCCGUAUCUGCUCCCGCACCGCCUCCGCCCCAAGCUCUGCUCGAGAGGCUCAAGGACUACGGGCAAGAAGACGCUUUUGCCCUUUGGGAUGAGCUCUCCCCCGAAGAACGCGACCUCCUCGUCAGGGAUAUCGAGAACUUGGAUCUUCCGCGAGUGGAUCGGAUCAUUCGGUGUUCUCUUCGAUCUCAAGGGCUUCCAACGCCAGCUGUCGAGCCUGUGCCGGAGGCGAGUGUUUCAACGGUGGAAGAGCGGACACUUGAAGAGAGGGAGAGAUGGUGGAAAAUGGGAUUGAAGGCUAUCUCAGAAGGGAGGUUGGCUGUGUUGCUUCUCUCUGGUGGCCAGGGUACACGACUUGGAAGUUCAGAUCCCAAGGGAUGUUUUAAUAUUGGACUCCCAUCAGGAAAAUCAUUGUUUCAACUUCAAGCUGAGCGAAUUUUAUGCCUUCAACGACUUGCAGCUCAAUCUGUAAAUGAUGGCGCAGCCGGUAUUAUGCCAAUACAUUGGUACAUAAUGACUAGCCCAUUUACUGAUGAUGCUACCCGCAAGUUCUUUGAAAGUCAUAAAUAUUUUGGCUUGGAAACUGAUCAAGUCACUUUCUUCCAACAAGGUACUAUACCUUGUGUUUCGAAGGAUGGUAGAUUUAUCAUGGAGACUCCAUAUAAAGUAGCUAAGGCUCCGGAUGGAAAUGGCGGAGUUUAUUCAGCUCUGAAAUCUUCAAGGUUAUUGGAAGAUAUGGCCAUGAGGGGUGUUAGAUAUUUGGACUGCUAUGGAGUUGACAAUGCAUUGGUCCGUGUUGCAGACCCAACUUUUGUAGGAUACUUCAUCGAUAAAGGUGUAGCUGCAGCAGCAAAGGUUGUCCGUAAGGCUUAUCCACAAGAAAAUGUUGGUGUGUUUGUCCGACGUGGUAAAGGUGGGCCAGUCUCUGUGCUAGAGUACAGUGAAAUGGAUUCAUCAAUGGCUUGUGCCAUCAAUCAGGAGACUGGACGGCUUCGAUUUUGUUGGAGUAAUGUAUGCUUACAUAUGUUCACUCUGGAUUUCCUGAAUCAAGUGGCAAAUGGGCUUGAAAAGGACAGCAUUUACCACCUGGCUGAGAAGAAAAUCCCUUCUAUUCAUGGCUAUACCAUGGGCUUGAAGUUGGAACAAUUCAUAUUUGAUGCAUUUCCAUAUGCUCCUUCUACCGCUCUCUUUGAGGUUGUGCGUGAAGAGGAGUUUGCACCAGUUAAAAAUGCUAAUGGAUCGAAUUUUGACACCCCUGAUAGUGCACGGCUACUUGUACUCCGACUCCACACUCGUUGGGUGGUUGCAGCAGGUGGCUUCUUAACACAUUCGGUGCCCUUAUAUGCAACUGGUGUUGAGAUCUCGCCCCUUUGUUCUUAUGCUGGUGAGAAUCUCGAAGCUAUAUGCCGGGGAAGAACAUUCCAUGCCCCUUGUGAAAUUAGUUUCUAAGCGGAGCUUUUCCUUGUCAUUCUCGACUCAUGCGGUUGUGCUUUCGUUAAUACAAAAUUACAGAAUAGGUACGAGUAUGCGGUUUGUCUGUCACUUGACAGGAUGAGUUUGGCAUAAUUUCAUUGCCUCAAUUCUUUUUUUUUGCCCCUUCAUUACUGCAUUCUCAGCAUGGGUGUGUAAUCGCUUAAUCUGUGGCCCAUCUCGUUGUAUCUGUACCGUUGAUAGUUUGACCCCUUUUUACAUAUCCUUUCUCAAGUUUGGGGCUAUUAUGGCUAUAAGAGCUACAGUCUGUUUGUUAGA